GAAGAGCCAACCAGUACUCCAGCGUGUUGUGAUCUUGUGGAUCCUCAACAGCCCUAUUGUAUUCCAGGUUCUCCAAGCCAGCACCCAUGUUCCUGGAUGACUCCUUUCGCAAGUGGGCUAGGAUCCGGGAAUUUGUGCCACCUUUUGGGAUCAAAGGUCAAGACAAUCUGAUCAAAGCCAUCUUGUCAGUCACCAAAGAGUACCGCCUGACCCCUGCCUUGGACAGCCUCCGCUGCCGCCGCUGCAUCAUCGUGGGCAAUGGAGGUGUCCUUGCCAACAAGUCUCUGGGGUCACGAAUUGACGACUAUGACAUUGUGGUCAGACUGAACUCAGCACCAGUGAAAGGCUUUGAGAAGGAUGUGGGCAGCAAAACCACACUGCGCAUCACCUACCCCGAGGGCGCCAUGCAACGGCCCGAGCAGUAUGAGCGUGAUUCUCUUUUUGUCCUCGCUGGCUUCAAGUGGCAGGACUUCAAGUGGUUGAAGUACAUCGUCUACAAGGAGAGAGUGAGUGCAUCAGACGGCUUCUGGAAAUCUGUGGCCACUCGAGUGCCCAAGGAACCCCCUGAGAUUCGCAUUCUCAACCCGUAUUUCAUCCAGGAGGCCGCCUUCACCCUCAUCGGACUGCCCUUCAACAACGGCCUCAUGGGCCGCGGGAACAUCCCAACCCUUGGCAGUGUGGCAGUGACCAUGGCACUACACGGCUGUGACGAGGUGGCAGUCGCAGGCUUUGGCUACGACAUGAGUACACCCAAUGCACCCCUGCACUACUAUGAGACCGUGCGCAUGUCAGCCAUCAAAGAGUCCUGGACGCACAAUAUCCAGCGAGAGAAAGAGUUUCUGCGGAAGCUGGUGAAAGCACGUGUCAUCACUGACCUAAGCAGUGGCAUCUGAGUGGGCCCAGCACGUGGCCACAGAGGCCUAGGCACUACCACGAGCAAGGAGCAUCCACCGCCACCUGCGCAGGAGUCUUCAGACCCAGAGAAGGACAGUGCCAAGGGGCUCCAGGGGCGGUGAGGCCUUGGCAGGGCAGCCGGAGCUGUGCCUACUCAGAGGCCAGCCUCAGAGACCAGCACUCAGCCUCAUUUUUGGCCUGGGCCCUUGAAGCCCGAGGGCCAGGAGGCUACACUGGCUGUGCCCAGCAGGCCUAGCAUGCAGGAGGUGGGACAUUAGGCGGCAAGGCUGCUACCGGAAUAGUUUCUCCAAUCAGUGUUUGGCGUAUUAUCAUUUUGUGCAUUUGGGUAGGGGGGAGGGUAGGGAUAAUUUAUUUUUAAAUAAGGUUGGAGAUGUCAAGUUUGGUCCACUUGCCAUGCAGAAAGAGGCCCACUAGAGGGCCCAUCAGGCAGUGGUACCAGUAAGCUCCCUGUAGGGUGGGAGUGCCACAGCUAGCCUGUACCCUGCUUUGGGCUACAGGGAGAGCAGGAUCUCAUGCCAGCCCCCUUUAGCUCAUGACACUGUUUAGCCUUUCUUGGGGAGAAGAUGGGGUGUUCCCACUCACCAGCCUCUAGCUGUUCCACGGGGAAACUGGAGCCAUUCCUUUGCAGCCAACAAGACAGCCCCUGGGCUACAGCAGAGAGAACUUUAAAGUCCAAGAGGCAAGGCCUGGUCCAGCCCAAUGGGAAUGGCUCCCCUCCCCAGCUGCAGCUGAUCCACGGGACAGUGCCCUAGGCCUUGACUGACCAACUUGUCAGAUGUUCUGGGUUUCAGCAAGGAGACUGCCAGGUCCAUGGGUUCUGCCUUUAACCUGGACCAGCGGGCAGUGAGUUACCCAGGCUAUGGCAGCCAUCCUGGGCAGCCCUCAUGGAAGCAAUAAAGCUCUUCCCUGAAACUGGC